AAUGCCCAGAUUGAAACCCCAAAAUACGAUUUACCUGAAUUUUUUCUACUUGCAAAGGUUCCAAACUCAGUUUUCCUGAGUAGAAUAUUCUUUGAUGGUGCAUUUAGAAAAUAUCCUUCGAAUUGUUAGUUGAGGGUUGUAGGUCAAUAGUGAAGGCACCAAAUGUUAUUAAAGAAAAAAUAUUGGUGGGACAACGGGGCCCUUUAUAACUUCCAUUAAAUACUGCGUAUGAAGGGCCUAAAUUUUAAUUACAAAAAAAAUUAAAGAAAUAAAAAUCAGAAGGGAAUAGAUAAAUAUGAGGUGGGAGGUGUUGAUAAGAUUCACCAGAGACCCAGAUCAAUCAUUAGUUUUAGUAAUAUUUGAUUUGAGAUUAAAAAAUGAUAAGAGAAAUCAUAAUUCAAAUCUUCAAUUGACCGUGAAUUGAAUAAUUGAAUACAUGACCUGAAUAUGGAAUUGUAAAUCCUUUAUAUUCAAGUUAUCGAUAGCAAUUUUGUGAUAAAACUAUUAAAUAUAAAUUGCAAUUUCAUAGCAUAACUUUAUCAUCAUCUCUGAUGAGUCUUAUUAUCCUCUUCUCCAAAGUUUAUUUUAUUUACAACUUAAAUUACAAUCUCGAUUACUUUUUCCCUGGGUCUUGCCGGAUCGACGAUAAUUAAUUUACUGCCAAAAUUAAUAGUCAAAAAAACGAACAAGAAAACUCGAGAGAAGCAAUUUUCCAGAAGAUUCAUUUAUUCUGCAUUUAAAAAUUAUUGUUCAACUCAUUAGUUACUUAACGUUUAUCGAAUACCAUUAAAGAAAAAAAUAACAAAUAGUGAUAGGAAUUGAUGAUAAAAUGGAUGAGUAUACGUUGUUGUUUGGUAAUUGUCCAUGAUACUGAUGUAUAAUUAAUUAGUCUCGUAAUCGUACUGUGAAAAUUAUGUAUUUAUAAUAUGUUAUGCACGCAGAGAAGCAACAACUUCCGCUUACUGUGCCUAGGCACUAGUUGUAGACAAGGCCUACUUUGCAGUACGCCUGUACUCUUUUACUUCGUGGAAUGUAAAUUGAACGAAACCUACUUUACCGUUAUAUAGGCAAGUUAAACCCCCCCGCCCCCUGCCCCUUCCCUGUGUGUAAUAAUGUUCAAGUGUCACAGUUAUUCGUCAGCAGGUUUAACGCAGCUCAAGUACCUCAAUCUCUCGGACAAUGCCAUCAACGAAAUUGGUUUAUCAGCUUUUCGGAGUUUACAGGAGUUGACUAUUCUCGAUUUAUCGAGAAAUCAUCUCUAUUAUAUUUUACCGAAUACCUUCAUUGGUAACCGGAACUUGAGAGUUCUCAGAUUGUCAGGAAACAACUUCAAUCAACACGUUCCCUUCUUGGAGAAUCCUUCAAUCACGGAAUUAAAUCUUGCUUCGUGCCGAUUAAGUCAUUUACCAUCGGGGGUAUUCAGUGGACUCCAGCGGCUUCGCAACCUCGAUCUAUCGGACAAUUUGAUGAUACAACUCGAGGUGGAAGCGUUACGCGUGCUGCCGUUUCUCAGGAUUUUGUCAAUUAGAGAUAAUCCAUGGGCAUGCAACGAGAAACAAAUGCAGAGUCUCCAGCACUACUUGACAUCGAGGGAAAUCAGUUACGAACCAUCAGUCUGCCCUCGACGAAGUAGCGUCAAAAAAUUCGAAAAAAUUGUAUUGAGUCCAGUGAUGACGGAGCCCAAGAAGCCGCCGAAAACAAUCACCUUACCGAAAAAUAAAAAUACCGGAAACACUGGUUGGAUGAAGGAAGAAAAUAGACACGAUGAGAAAACCACAGCUUCCGUAGACGAAGAGAUAAAUAAAUUGAAAGACUUUUACACUUUCGAGGCCUCGAUUUUAUGUAUUUUCGGAUUCAUAACAGGCCUGGCCCUCGGAAUGAUCGCAACCUACUGUUGGUUGUCCAGAUCAAUUGGGCGGUCUUUGCAGAGAUCGUUAUUGAUAAAUUCCUCGUUACGCAGAUAUGACACAGUGUCACACAAUAGUGAAGCUAGCUUGGAAUUCUCUAGUCCCCUUGGCCAACGAGUCUCUUUGUUGAGGAACAUCUGGAGUCAUAGUUAUGACGAUGUCAACAAUCUACGGCGAAUUCCAGUUUGUCCGGAUACACCGCCUCCAGCAUACCAGGACGUUGUUCUUCAUUCUCAUCAGUAUCCUGUUGGAUGAAAGUUGGAGAUUAUUAUCCAGACGUUAUUUAUUAGGUCUUGAGUCAUUUUUUAAAUAAAUUGGAAACUUUAUAAAUUAUUGUAUCGUACGGAGAGAAGUUUUCUAUAAAAAUUCCAGUUUAAGUACUGAAAAAAUUGAAAAUCUUAUGAAAUUUCUGGGGGUUUCUAGAAGACUUUCACAGAAGUUUGGGAUAAAUUCAACUUUAAGGCAAUAAAAUUACGACUCCUGGAAUUUCUUCCUGGCUAAGGGUGUGUUAAGCGAAUUGAUAACAACGCGUUAUUGGGAAAAAUAAAUAUUUCAACAUUAACAAAUGUCUGAGACAUUAUAUUUUACAUCCUGUGGUUGGAAUAUCACUUUUCCUCUCGGCAUAGGCCCAAAAUUUCACUUUUCCUACGCCGGGACGGAAAAUAGUAAUUUAUUCACAUUUCCAACCCUUAAAUAUUAAUUUUGUUGAAGCGUUUUUUAGCAAAGAAAGAUGUUGACAAAAACUAUUUGCCUUUAAACUCGUUCAGAGCUGAGUUAUUUAAUACAUUAAAUAAAGACAUAAAUAAUUUCUUGAGGAAACAAUACGAAACGAAUAUUGCAUAUGUGUAUGGCAAGCAUAUUGGAUCAAUUGGGGGUUCUUCGACCUAGAAGACGAUGUUACUGGUACAAAGCAAGCAGUGCGGUAGAAUCCAUUUCACAGUUUACACGUGAAUGUUACUCUCCAUGCAUUUUUUUUUCUAUUUUUACGAAAGACUAUUUUCGUAGGCCUCCCAAUAGCUGCCAUUCCAUGGUUUCGAAAACGAAACCAAAUCUUUUUAAAUUUUCUAAAAUUGUUGACAGUUGUUAAAAAUAAAUAAUAAAUUUAUCCAA